GGGAGACCUCAUCAAAUUCAUCCAAAUUAUGUAACGUCAGUAUUUUCUUCUUCGCCCAAAAGCAAAAGAAUGAGGCAAAAGCAUUUAAACGAGUUUAAGGACUACAGAAAAAGGCACAUUGCACGUAAUGAAAACCGGAAACCUUUAGGUGAAAUUACGCCUAAUGCAGUUAAUUGUGAUGACUUCUCCAGAUCUCUUCAUGGUAGGAAAGGAUCUGAAAUUCUGAUUAAAAAAGAACCAGACUGUGAUAAUGACAUGACUUUUGGCAAUGGAAUUGAAUGCAAAACACGCGACGAUAAACCAGAGAUCGUGUAUUGCGGUACUUUUAAAACUGAAGAUGUACGGCAUAAUUUUGUAACAGUGGAGGUUGAACAGCAUAAUUUGGACUUAGUAGAGGACGAUGAAUAUAAUUUUGUCACGGUAGAAGAAGAACAACAUAAGUUAAGUAUAGAAGAUGAACGAUAUAAUUUUGUUGAAGUAGAAGAUGACGUUCGUGAAAUGGGAAUAGUCGACGAUAUAUACAAUUCGUUUAGUGUUGAAGAUGAAGAUGAUAAAAUAAUCAGGGUAGAUGACAACAACGGAAUUGAACAUGAAAAAUAUAGCUUGGUGAGUAAAAAUAGUUUACUUGAUCAUUUAAAUAAAACUUUUGUCUUGUAAAGUUUAUUUUUAUUUAUAAAAUUGUAUGUGAAAGACUUAUCGGGUUUUAAAAAACUUGCAAAGAAACAAACUCGUUAAUAUGAAAUAGUAAAAUAAAGAUUUAGACCAGUUUAUUCAGUAAUCACAUCAAAUUUAAACAACAUUCAAAGUUAUAAUCUGGAGCCUGAUCAUGUGCAAAGAACUAAAAUAAUGUACAUAUACAUUUAAAAUUUAAAGUCAA